AUGAUUGUAUUACAAGUUGCCACCUGGCUCAUAGUUCAAUUAUUGUAUAUCGAAUUCUGCACCAGCAUUAUAGUACGGGUGAACUACACACACAAUGACGUCAUCGACCAACCGUUACCCGAUGACGUCAACGUGACGGUGACCAUCAACGACACGACGUCCGUCCUACUGCAACUCAAGCGUGUCCGCUACGUCGGUCUGGACACGCCUGUCUACACAAUCACGACGGACAAAGAUGGACGCCUCGUCCGGUCGAGAGAGUCACCGGACAACCGGGAGAACAUCGGCUACUACCAAGAUGUGACCAGUCAGGCCGCUCUUCAGAUCCAGAGAAUCAAAAGUUCAGUAGACACAGAUGCCUAUCUUCAGCUGAGAGGAGAGUUUGUACAUUCAGGACUUCAGUACUCACUGACCCCCAAUGCACGUGAUAAACGGGAUAUUACGUCACAAGACGUCCACUAUAACCUACAGAUAGAGAAAUGGCCUUCACCUUCGGAAAUAGACUAUGAACUCCCAGACCCACACGAGUUGGAAGAGCCACCAGCAGCCGACGCCAGUCCACCACGUGACUCCCCUCUCCCUCCCCCACACUUUUAUCACCGCCGUCGUCGUCGGCAGGCCAGGGCCGACUACUACAUCGACGUCACGGCCAUGCUGGACUUUUGGUGCUGGAGCAAGUUCUUGACCAAAGCCGCGGGUUCCAGAACAACUGCCAUGGACAAUGUGCGAGAGUAUUACGCUUAUAUUUUUAAUACGAUGGAUCUCUUGUACCAGAGUAUAACAACUACACCCUUCAAGCUGAACAUUCGACUUACUAAAAUCGUUAUUUGUGAGACAGUCGAGGCAUCCUAUUUCUCCAACAACGCUACCACAGUGGCACUUGGCUACGUUGACGGCUAUGCUACGUUAGAUCAGUUUGCCGCGUUUGUCAAGGACAACGGCUCAGCACUCCUGACACCUUAUGAUCACGUGAUGCUCUUUAUUGGCCUCAACAUGACCAACACAGACCGAACCAAAGAUAUUUCAGGUCGUGCCUAUGUUGCUACCACCUGCCGUACCAAUGGAGACAGCACGUCUGUGAUAGAGGACAUGGGCAACUACAGGUGUAUCUCUACUGCCACUCAUGAGUUGGGGCAUAGUCUCUCGGCCCAGCAUGACGGUGAAGGCAACAACUGCUCGGUCACCGACCGCUACAUCAUGGCCGGUUCCAGCACCACUGAAACAACAGCAACGAUGUUCAACCCUUGGAGAUUCUCCAACUGCAGCAUCAGCUAUUUUACGACAUACGUCAACUCACUUUUGACAACUGGGAGUGGAGUGGAGUGUUUAAGCACACAGUUAGCCAAAGACACAACUAUCCCGGAUGUAAAGGACUAUUUACCUGGGCUGGGGUACUCACCCUCCCAGCAGUGUGUGCUAACCUACGGGCCAGAUUCGUACGACUGUAGGUUGUCUAACCCAGUUGAUUACUGCAGGAAGUUGUACUGUUACAGCCCAGUCCCCAACCUGUGUUACCUGACGCAGGCAAUGGACGGUACGACCUGCGGCAGUGGCAAGUUAUGCCGACUUGGAGAAUGUGUUGCUGAUGACGCCGCCCCCGUUGUUGAUGACUUCUGCAUCUAUGACCUCAUCGCCAUGAUGAUAGGCAGAGGAGUCCUCAGCACUUCCAAGCAUCCAUUAGUGGAUGGGUUAGUUAAGAAAAUUGAAAGUAAUCCUAAUGUGAAAACUUAUCUGGCAAAUAGAAAGAAGACUGAUUUUUAA